AUGUAUAAUCUCCGCCAAAGAGAUUUACUCCAAAAGUUUUACGAUGAGAACAGAGCAAACCCAGCAAUCUCACGAACUUCGCUAAUCAACCCAUUUCAGAACUCUGUUUACCCACAAAAUUUUGGUACUCCCUUAAAGAAAAAGCUGUACAGAGGAGUGAGACAGAGGCAUUGGGGCAAAUGGGUAGCUGAAAUAAGACUUCCUCAGAACAGAUUGAGAGUUUGGUUGGGAACUUAUGAAACAGCUGAAGCUGCGGCCUAUGCUUAUGACAGAGCAGCCUAUAAGCUUCGUGGUGAAUAUGCACGGUUGAAUUUUCCGAAUCUUUGCGACGCAAGCAAGUUUGGAUUCGAAGAUUGUGCUAAAUUGAAUGCUUUGAAGAGUGCUGUGGAUGCAAAAAUCCAAGCCAUUUGUCAAAAGGUUAAGAGAGAGAAAGCAAACAAGAGAGGUAAGAAAAGGAGUUCUAGGGGUAAUGGAGAUAAGGGUAAUGAGAGUAAAAACGUGAUGACGGUUGAUUCAUCUUCGUCGUGCUCGUUGAUGUCAUCGUCAAUGACUGGCAAUGGCAGUUGGAGUAAUAAAAUGGUGUCAGCAAGUAAUUCUGAAGAUGGGCUCUGGAUGGGAGAGAAUUCACAAUGCUCUGUUUCCGGCGAGUUUCCGGCGGCACCGGAUGAAUCAGAGUUGGAAGGUUGUUCACUGGCGCGUUUGCCUUCCUUUGAUCCAGAGUUGAUUUGGGAAGUUCUUGCCA